CUUGAAGGCAAAUACUCAAUCCUGGUUCGCGACUCCAACUCAGCGAAUCCAAUUCGCGUCCCCUUCACAUCUUUGCGCUCUCCCUUACCUUUGUGUACCUCUGAGGAAAGCAGCCCCGAAGAUGUCUACAGAGGAAUCCUCACCCAAACCCGAACCCACGCCCAUCUCUGCUCCCAUCUCCUCGAUCCCUCAAAAACGCGCUCUAGAAGAUGACCACCAGCCCACGGUAUCUUCACCUCUAAACCCCGAUUUCAAAGCCUCUAAGGAUGACGUUCCCCUCGCGCGCGAACGUGCAUCAAGAGCCAAGAAGGAAUCGUUAAAGAAACGAGAAUCGAAAGGGGCCGACAGCACCAGAGCGACGCCCGAUCCAAAAGCAAGCACGCAGAAGCACAAGAAAAAUGGCACUGUUCUUGCUCCUAUAAGAUACAAGCUCCCACCUCCUAAGAUCACCGACUUUGAAGCUCCUCGUGGGCCAGUCUUCACCCUCUCCCACACCAAAACAACCGGACCUUUUGAAACCCAGUUCUACGAGACCACUGACCAUGUGUAUAACAAAAAGAACUACCACUACACGCACUGCAUCGCAGAUCCAGCAUUUCCAUCCUCCUUGUACUACCGACAAUCAGAAACUGAACCCUUUGGGGCGCGCCUCAACUUCGAAGACACUGCUACGCAUAUGUUCUUGGAUAAGGCAGCUCACAGUGUCACAACAGAAAAGGGUUUCAGGAUGGCAAAGGCAAAUGUUGGAGUACGGGAAGGCCGAUGGUAUUGGGAAUGCAGGAUCUUGAGUGGGAUACCGCGAGACGGAAUGCAUGGCACAGACCAGAGUCCCAGAGGUCAUGUACGGGUAGGAUGGGCGAGACGAGAAGCUACAUUAGAUGCGCCUGUUGGCUUUGAUGCGUACAGCUAUGGAAUCCGGGAUGUGGCAGGACAGAAGGUUCAUAUGUCGCGGCCAAAGGAUUUCUUCCCAAUAGGAGAGGAUGUUAGAGAGGGCGAUGUUAUUGGAUUGGAAAUCAACCUCCCAUCGCAAUCAUUACAUCGAAAGAUUGUGGAGGGCCACUAUAAUCCGGCAGUCGAUCUCGAGGACGAUGGAAAUGCUCCCACCGACGCCCCGGAUAUAAUUCGAGACCGGGUUCCUAUCCGAUUCAAGGCCCACCUGUACUUCGAACAGAUAGAAUACCAUGCCUCAAAGGAGCUGGAGGAACUCAUGAACCCUUCGCCAGUCAUCUCUUCAAACGGCGGUCUUGCGGGUGGAGGGCAAAAACCAAGUCCUACGCACACAUGUCCAGCUCUUAGAACACUACCCCAUUCAAGCAUCAAAGUCUAUAAGAAUGGGAGAGAGAUCGGAACCGCAUUUAAGGACCUGCUAGCCUUCCUACCACCUGCCUCAAAGCCCCUCGCCCAGGUUGGAGCCAGAGAGGGGCUGGACGACGGGAUGCUAGGCUACUAUCCCGCCGUCUCGGUGUUCAGAGGUGGCGCUGCGGAGGUCAAUUUCGGACCGUCGUGGUGGUACGCACCGCCCGACUGGCGCAGUAAUGAUGAUGAUGAUGUCGACAUGGCCGGGAGUGACCAGCCCCGGACUUCGAAACUCAACAGGCUGCGCGCGGUGGCAGAGAGAUACGACGAGCAGAUUGUGGAGGACAUUGUGUACGACAUUAUUGACGAGGUUGAUUUCUGGAUGCAGGAUGGCGGCGUGGUUGGAGGUGCUACGAAUGGCAUCCGACCUUCUGGAGGCGUUGCAAUGCAAGACGAGAGUCUUGCUGGUGGUGGCAUUAGGGAGAUCUUGCAGGACGAUGAGUGAAAAUAGGUAGAUCCAUCGCGCAUCCGUCAUUAUCGACUGCUC